AGUGCAUCUCAAUCCAUGUGGGCCAAGCUGGUGUUCAAAUAGGCAAUUCAUGCUGGGAGCUCUUCUGCCUGGAGCAUGGAGUGGGACCUGAUGGUGUGCUGCUGGAUGGGUCAUCACUGCCCAACUCCCGUCAUGACCCCUUCAAUACCUUCUUCAGCACAAGCAGCUCAGGCCGCCACGUACCCAGGGCCAUAUUUGUGGACCUGGAGCCCACGGUGGUGGGUAAGCAGCCAGUUUAAUUGUUUAAUUCUUGCUCUCUGUGUGUGUGUGUGUGCAUGUGUGCAGCGUGAGUGCAUAUCCAUCCACGUUGGCCAGGCUGGUGUUCAGAUUGGCAAUGCUUGCUGGGAAUUGUAUUGCCUGGAGCAUGGCAUCCAGCCUGAUGGCAAUAUGCCAAGCGAUAAGACCAUUGGUGGCAGGGAUGAUUCCUUUAACACUUUCUUCACCGAGACUGGCUCUGGGAAGCAUGUGCCACGAGCUGUGUUUGUGGAUCUGGAGCCUGCAGUCAUCGAUGAGGUGAGGUCUGGCACAUACAGGCAGCUUUUCCACCCAGAGCAGCUUAUCUCUGGGAAGGAGGAUGCUGCUAAUAACUAUGCUCGUGGCCACUACACUGUUGGCAAGGAAAUCAUUGACAUGGUCCUGGAGCGUGUCCGUAAACUGACUGACCAGUGUACUGGCCUGCAAGGUUUCCUCAUCUUCCACAGCUUUGGUGGUGGCACAGGGUCAGGAUUCACUUCCUUGCUCAUGGAGCGCCUGUCAGUUGAUUAUGGCAAGAAAUCCAAGCUAGAGUUUGCCAUCUACCCAGCACCACAGGUCUCCACAGCCGUAGUGGAGCCUUACAACUCCAUCCUGACCACACACACCACACUGGAGCACUCGGACUGUGCCUUCAUGGUGGACAACGAGGCCAUCUAUGACAUCUGCCGCCGCAACCUGGACAUUGAGAGACCCUCAUACACCAACCUGAAUCGGCUCAUCGGCCAGAUAGUCUCCUCAAUCACAGCAUCUCUGCGCUUCGAUGGUGCUCUUAAUGUCGACCUGACAGAGUUUCAGACCAACCUGGUGCCUUACCCUAGAAUCCACUUCCCCUUGGUCACGUAUUCUCCCAUCAUUUCAGCUGAGAAGGCCUACCACGAGCAGCUUUCUGUCUCCGAGAUCACUAGUGCUUGCUUUGAACCAGCCAAUCAGAUGGUGAAGUGUGAUCCACGCCAUGGCAAGUACAUGGCUUGCUGCAUGUUGUACCGUGGAGAUGUAGUGCCCAAAGAUGUGAAUGCUGCCAUUGCUAACAUCAAGACCAAACGCUCCAUUCAGUUUGUGGACUGGUGCCCAACUGGAUUUAAGGUUGGUAUCAACUAUCAACCCCCCACUGUAGUACCAGGUGGAGAUCUUGCCAAGGUGCAGAGAGCCGUGUGCAUGCUAAGCAACACCACUGCCAUCGCUGAGGCUUGGGCCCGUCUGGACCACAAGUUUGACCUCAUGUACGCCAAGCGUGCCUUCGUGCACUGGUACGUAGGUGAGGGUAUGGAAGAGGGCGAGUUCUCUGAGGCCAGAGAGGACCUCGCAGCACUGGAGAAAGAUUAUGAAGAGGUUGGCACAGAGUCUGUUGAAGAUGAGGAGGAAGGAGAAGAGUAUUAAUCUCAGUGUUAGUCUCAUGCCCAUUGAAAUGAGGAAGAUCUUUCUAGUUCAUUACUUGAUCGCACUUUUACCUCUUCAGUACCAGGCUGUCACACAUUGUCCUAGAGAAAGGGAAACGGAUCUGUUUUCUUAUUUCUGUGUUUGUGGGUUUUUUUUUUCUGUCCUUCAGUCAGUCGUGUCAUUUCUCUAUUUACUCAUGCUCAACUAAUGGCUGAAUUACCAAAUGUGUUUUGGUCUUGUUUGUCUCCUUUUAACACUGCUGAUUGCCUCCACGACCAUGUUGCCAUCAACUGUGCAAUCUUUCUUAAUAAAUUCAACUAAAAAUCUAAA